AUACACAUGCACACAGAGAACUGAGGGUUAUAUUUUUUAACCUAUGAUAUAUUGCAAAUCCUCCCCUCUCUUUAAACUCACUGGUUUGGGAAAUUAUUUUUAUGUGGCUUUUGUUAAGAAAAGAUUCGAGUUGAUUAGAGAUCCAGCUUUUACUCAGGAUUCUGUCACGCACAGACAAAAAAAAAAAGCGUCUUGAGCCCUGAAAGUUCGAAACGGGAGGAGAGGCGAAGCGAACUGAAGAAACACAGCAGCACGCAAGCACCUGGCACCAUUCAAAUCACAACCCCACUGUACGAGAAGCCAGAGCCGAGGCACAAAGCCCUCGUAACAAUUUUCCUUCCGUCACUUCAGCGAAUAGCGUGGCGCCUGCGCAGAGUAUCGCAGCUUCCCGUUGAGGGCACUCUGGUAGUGCUAAUUUGUAGACGUGGCGCCGGCGCCGCAUCGUUGCUCCGGUAGGGGCCUGUCCUGUCACGGCAGACCUUGGUGAAUGAGUUGCUCGGAGGCGGCCAUUGCCAUGACGCUUGCCUGGGGGAGGGACAGAGUUCUUUUGACAGAAUGACAGCAAAAAGCCAGAAUUUCAUUUUCCAGCCCCCUACUGUAGUCCAGCCUUCAGUGGAUAAUCAUGUGUAUCCAUUUGGGAAUGGUAUCAGUUCUGACAGUGAUGUGUUGGAAGAUGAAGCAGAGGUGUAUGAACUACGACCUAGGGGAAGGGAGAAAAUCCGAAGAAGUACAUCAAGGGAGAGGAUGGAUGAUAUUGUAUUUAUAACCAAGGACAUACAGGAAGGAGACACACUAAAUGCAAUAGCUCUUCAGUAUUGUUGUUCAGUAGCAGAUAUCAAAAGGGUGAACAAUCUUAUCACAGAUCAGGACUUCUUUGCACUGCGAGCUAUUAAAAUUCCAGUGAAGAAAUUCAGUGUAUUGACUGAGACACACUGUUUUCCAAAAAGCAGACAAGUUUCAAGAGCUGCCUCAACUCUGUACUCUACAGAAUCCCCUGACGGAUCACUAGCUGCUGAGCCAUUUUCCUCUACUGAGACUGUUGGUAAUUUCUUGAAAGAAGUAGACCGUGAUAUAGAACAAAUAGUGAAAUGUAACGCUACAAAGAGAGAAAAUCUUAAUGAAGUAGUUUCUGCCUUAUCAACCCAACAGUUAAUCUUUGAACCGGACAGUAAACCCAUCAAACGGAAAGAUCCUUAUUAUGGAGCAGACUGGGGGAUUGGAUGGUGGACAGCAGUAGUGAUAAUGGUAGUGGUGGGCAUAAUAACUCCUGUGUUUUAUCUUUUAUACUAUGAGGUUUUAGUUAAAGUGGAUGUCAGCCACCAUUCUACAGCGGAAUAUACUUCAGUUACAGCGCCAUCUCAAUUAAAGCCAUUAGAAAAUGGAAUGAAUCACCCCAUUUCAUGAAAACUUCAGUUUUUGCUGUACAUGCUAAAGUCUUAGGUGUCUAUUCAACACAUUCUGGAAAGAGAAAAGAACGACAGGCCCUGCGUGGAGUUGGAAAGUAGCUAUCUUUGUGGCGGCAUUUAAUAAAAGCAUGCUUGCAGGGUGUAUGGAAGAAGUUACCUUUCAAUAGAAGAGUUGUUGCCAAGUUCAAUGUGAGAUUGUUGAUAAUUUGAAUACAGAUUUUCUGAAACAGUCAAAAUAUUUGGAUCUAAGUUGGCAAACUCCCACUGAAGUUAAUGGGACUGAAUCCAGUUUAAAUGAAAGUACCUUGACUUACAGAUAGUAUAAACUUUGAGUCAGCACACACAAUGAAAGUAUGCUAGUCUGGAAGUACGCUAGGUUCCUGUAUUAUAAAAGGACAAACUAUUCUCUUCUAACAUGGAAUACAAUAGAAAUCAUGAAUCCAGGGAUUAAAAACAGUUUGGCUUAACAGAUGUGCAGAACAAGUACAAUGCUCUAUGUUGUUGAUCUAAUAUACACUACAUUGACAAUGAUACUUAGUGUCAUGAAAAGAGACCAAUGACUCAUGAGACUUAACUGCGCUUUGCACAUGGAACAGUAUUCUGACACAGUUGCUACUUUUAAUAACAGCUUUGGGAGGGCAAAAGCUUUGAGCAAGGAAGAGUAUGCUUAAACCAUUUUUCCCUUGUAAUAUUUCUGUUCCAAAAGUACCCCCCCCACACAUACUGCCAUUACUAUUGUAGAAUUCCAACAGUGAGAGUGUGUAUGCAAUUUAGUGCAGACAAGUGGCUGUCUCUUCUCUCUCUUUCUCCCCACCCCCUUGGGUUUCUUUAACAAAAAGGCAUUGGAAUUAUGGUAUGCACUCUUUGCGAGGAACAUAUAGUUAGUUCUAUAGCUAAUCCAUCUUCUAAACUCAAAUCUUAGUUUUUGAAGACUUGUAUUUCCCAUUCCAGGAAACGUCUCUGGUCUUUCAACUCUGGUUUAUUUAAUUUAUAAAACUGCUUUUAUAACUGCUACUUUUAAAAGGUGAUGUGAAAGAGAGGUAUUCAGGAGCUGACCAAGGCCAUUAUAUCCCAGUUGUAACUUGGGUAGGUACUACUAUUUUGUAGGUACGCCUUGUUAUUGAGGGGAAAUGCAUAUAGGCUAUAGCUAGGUUACUACAAUGCAACCAUGGCAUUUAAAACUACCAGUCUGCCACUGGCAAAUUACUGAAGAGAAGCAAAAUUAUUUUUAAGAAUUAUAUCACAAUUUAUUAAAUGCCUUUUUUAAGAUCAGUGAAACAAAAUCUUAUUUGUUUUAAGAUGAUGGAAGUAAAUAGUGAUACAUCUGUCUUGCAUGCCAAACUUCUGAUUAUCAUGAUAGUACACAUAGGGUUAUAUAUAUGGUGUUAGCCAUAUUUAGAGUAGACACACUGAAGCUGAUGGACAUGACUAAUUUAAGUACGUUAAUUUCAUUGGGUCUGCUUAGCAGAUACAACCCAUGGUUACUUGAUGCAUUUGACUAUCUGGUAGCAGUCAGCUAACUGUCCCCUAUAUUGAUUUGGUUAGCGCAAGGAAAUAUUGAUGUUCCUAUGCAAAAGCUUACUAACCUAUGGAAUAAUGCCUUAUCUCAUGUAAACUUGCAAGGUGAGAGUUUUGCUAGUAAUUUAACCAUAAGCUAACACAGGUUGUUGAGGAAAAUAGAAACCAAGUUUUUCUGCAUCAAUUCUUGGUUAUUUUGUGGCAAUACUUAUGUCUUCUGCUAGUUUAAAAGUUCCGUAGAUGACCUAUAGGUUGUCAAGUGCAAAAAUAAAAAUGAAAAGCUGUGAAACAUGCAUUACCAUAAUCCAAUUGAGUAUGUCACUUGUGUAUACAUAGACCUGUUUCCCUUUUUCCUGAGCAGUAAGUAGGAUGUUCUCACCCUGUGCAAUACAUAAGCUUGUUUCUGCAUGAUUUUAGGUCUGCACCUUCUAGAUCAUGAUUUAGGCUGCAAAUCCCAUUUAAUCCAUCUGGAUGUACUUCUGGGUAGACGUGGUGAGGAUCGUGCUGUUAGUGUGUUUACAGGACAUGUAAUGCUGAAAUGUACAUCAUGUAAAAUAUCCAGAUGAGUGAAAUGAAAGAUACAAGUCUAUUUUAUAUAGUAACAGUAUUCAGUAAAAAGCCAUAGAAACAAGCUAAAGUUUGGUUGUAAAGUGGUAAAUAGCAGUUACUACUUUUUUUUUUCUGUACUAUGGAGUCACCCAGAAUAGAAUAUAUUGUCUGUAGAGGAGAUAUUAGGAUCAAAAUUUGAACAGUGGUAUCAUUCCUUUAAACAAAACAAAUAGACAAAAGCCCCAAGGGGUUGGCAUGUUAGUUUCUGCAGGAAAAAACACCAGCCCAGAUUAGAUGUGAUAGUAAACUAUAUCUUAGCAUUAUGCCUGAAUUGGGGAUUAUAGUUUGUUUCACACCAGACAAACCACAGUUGGUAAGCCAAAAACAAAUUUUGACUACAAAUUGUGUUUUUUCCCCCUUAUCUGGACAUGUUAAGGCUAAGCAUCAUGGUUUGUUUUUCCUGUGUGCUAACGGGGAGGAACAAAGCAGCUCAGAUUGGUGCGUUCACAGUAAACCAUUAACUGGUUUACCAUUAUGCACAAAUGUGGCUAAAGUUGUGUAGCACCUUAAGGCUAACAAAUUUAUUAUGGCAUAAGCUUUUGUGGACUACACCAUGUAAGUUAUCAGAUGCCUGAAGUGUUACCCUAAAUUACAGGUAUACGUACAUAUCUCCCUGCAUGUGGUAGUUAUUUUUAUUGUGGCUUGCUCAUGGAAUAGUACCAAUGCAGGUGUUACCUGGAUGUGUUAUUCCAGUUUGUUUCUGGAAUUUAUAAGAACGGGUGAUAUGCAUAGCCAUCUGUUUGUGUGUGUUUGAAAGUUUCUUUAUCAUCCUUAAUCCUUCCCAAAACUGUCUGAGAAGCACUUCAUGAAAUCCCUCAGGUCUCCAGAGGAAAGCUGUCAAUUUCACUGUUGUCUUUAAAAAAAAAAAUCACAGUGUAGCUGAGUUGCUGUAGAUACAUGCUGUUUUGAGAGAAAAGUGGGGGGAUGAAGGGAAACAUUUUUCCCUUCCAUGGGUGGCUGGUUUUGGACUAUUGUGGUGGGGUAUAGCAUCUGCUGAGGUUAUCAUCUUGCUCAAACAAAAAGAUGGGUGAAGGGGCACUGGAUUGGAAUAGGCAAGCAUUGGAAUAGACAUCCACACUAUGAUGCACAUCUACACAUUCCAAUACUUAUUCCCAUUCCCAUUCUGGUGUAACUAGUUACACAAAUAACAUUUAAUGUGUGGCUAAUGUGGGAAGCAAAAAGAGACAAGAGUACAAUAGUAGCAUCUAUACUACUGGAUGGCUGGUUCAGCUAGUAGCGAACUAUACUCUAGUUGGCCUAGAUGACUAUUAUACUACCCUUUUAAAAACCCUGACAUUUCAAAAACUUUCAUUUGCCUUCCUGCCCACUUCAGCUCCCUCUAUCAACGAAUGUUAUUUUUAAAUAAAAGACCCAAAUGCACUUGCCAUCGCAUGCUAAAGGGGUAUGGGGAAAGACACUCUAAAUAAAACUUCAUUUUUUUCUGACCAGGACCCACCUUUAACCCAAACAUGCAUUUGGGGACCCAUUUCUUAAUUUUUUUAACAGCCCAUGUUAGAGCAGGCUGUAACCUGGUAGUGGUUCCCAACCCACACUUGAAGAUUAAUUCUCUAAGCAAUCACUUAUGGAUGUGAAGCCAAACAAAAUAGAAGCAAUGAAAACCUGCAGGAAAAAGCAAGCUACAUACAUUCCUGAUUUGUGUGUGUGCGUGCGUGCGUGCGUGCGUGCAUGCAUGGAUUUACUGUUGGGUACAGUGGAACGCAAAGCACAGCCAAUUUGUAUAAGAGUUCUAAAGCAUAAAGGGGAAGCUGUAGACCUAGCUAGAUUUAUUUAGAAAAUUUCUGUUGCCCUUCAGAUAAAGCAUGCUGCCCUGUAAGUUUUAACAUUUCUGAAUUUCUACACUUGAGUUGUCCUCGCAUUACCAGGGCUGGUAUAGUUUGUGUACCGCAGCUAACUCAUGUAUCUGGUGAAAAGGCAUCUGUAAAUUUCAUGUCAAAGAAUGCAAAAUAAUCAUCGGCAUAGUAUUACAUACCAAAAAUACUGCCUUGGGCUUUGUUCUAGUUCAAGGAUCUGUGCCUUAUUUUUGUAAUUUAGCCAUGUUAAACCCAUUUAUUUUGUGAAAAACGGAAUAGUGUCAUAAAAUGGAAGGUCUUCUGAAUUACUCCUAUCAGCACCCAUUUGUUAAUGUCAUUGAAGUAUUUUCUGUGUGCAAAUGGAACUUGCAGUGGCUUUAAGAAAAUUAUGUAUGAACAUUUCACCUAUGGUGGUGGUGUAUGUAUUACUCUUUUCAAAAGUAGUGUGGCGGACUUGAAUCGUGUGGUGAAUCUGUGGUUUGGAAAGGGUAGAAAAAGACAGCAUAAAGGUACAGAAAAUGAAUUGUGGGGUUUUUAUUAUGCGUUCUAGUGGAUACUACUGACACCUCAAUUGGCACAUCUAAAUCGAAUUUUAAAUCCAUCUGUCUUUAAGUAAGCCUCAUAUAUUUUAAUGGGACUUCUGUUUACAUCAGAUUGUAAUUUUAAGUAUUAAAAUUUACGUUGAAACAAAUAGGAAGAUAUUGAGAAUAAUGUUAUCAGAUUUCUAAAUAUGUUAUGUUUGAACAGGCAGUCAACCCUUAAUCCAUGCAUUGCACUAUGAAACUAUAUGAAAUGUGUUUUUUCUUGAAUUCUUUAUUCCAAGGAACACUGCCACAAAUGUUCUUUUGCAAAAUUAAGUCUUUUAUAAAAACUGUAGAAUUUAUAAGAUGCUUAUAGCGUCUUUUUUGAAUUAAUUUCAGAAAAGUACAAAUAAUAUAUAUCAUGUUCCACCAUGAACAACAGGGACCAAAAGACAUCAAAUGGCUUUUAAAAUUAUUCUAAGUCUCAAGAGUGGAUUACUCUGUAACAUGUUUCUUAUGUAGCAGCUGUCCCAGUCCAAGUUCGUUUAUUUAAGGGAUUUAUAAAAACUGCUUUUCAAGGCAGACUUCAAACAAUUUACAUAAGAUUAUUACGACAAUAAGGGUUGAUAAAAGUUAAUUGAAAAAGACAACUGUUUAUUUAGAAAAAGUUGUAACUGCUUUUUCUUCACUCCUGUCAAAGCAAGAUUGUCCUUCAGAUACCUGUAGAAUGACAGUUGGAAGAGGGAGAGGGCAUCACUGGAAGGUGGAUGGUUGAGUGUAUAGAACUAAUUGUGGUUCUUUGAAGCCCCUCUAGAGGUUGUCAAAAUAUGUCACUGUAACUAUAAACUCAGAAAGCUUUUGUUAAUAUUUACCAAAGUUACUUUCAACUGAGAAAGUAGCUUAUCUUGCAUAUAAAGCCAAUGUCCAACAUUCUAUAACAUUCAGUUACCAAUGACAGAACCCAGGAUGGUGCUAUACAGGAGCAGGCUGUUUUUAAUGGUUGGGGGUCAUUGCAAAUUGUGUGUGGCUAGGGGUCCUUGCAAACUACAACUCUUCACGUGCCCCACUCAUCUUCAUAAUGGGGAUUCAGUUGAUUAUAAAAUAAACUCCAGGAUCUUUUUUUGUGAUGUUCUGAGCACUUAUUUUAAUUGAAGCCAUGACGAUCAGAGUGGGAAAACAGUUAUUAGGCAUCCAAAGGGCCACAGGUUCCCCAUCUGGGUCAUGAAGCAUGCCAGGUUUAUUGUACUUGCUCCAACCAUG